AUGCAUCCUCCGACCACUUACACAGUUACGGAUGCUCACUGGGAUACGACAAAAAGCAUGAUAGAUGGAGGAAUGGUGCGAUCUCUUGCUGGCAUUCUUCAAGUGAUUGAUUUGGACCAUCCCGAUGCUCCUAAAAUUGUUAAUCUUCUAUUGAAGGCUUUGGUCCUUUGGAAAGCACAGUCGAGGGCGGCCAAUGCUAGUGAGCAAAGCAUAAUCGAGAGUAUUGGUGGCACGCACGAAGUCCCGGAUGAGGAGGAGGCCGACAUUCGGCAACGACGAGGAACUCCUCAUGUUGAGCGUAGCCGUGCUUGCACAUCAAAAUCGAUCGACAGAGCAAAACAUGAGGAUCGAAUCGGAAGAUACAAUGGCAACCAACCCAUAAAUGGAGAUAGGAAUGGAUUUCAUGCGUGA